UGCGCCUGCUGCUACAGCUGCGGCCCCACAAUGCGCCUCGGCUGCUGUGGAGGGGCUGGUGGGAACAGUAGCUGUAAUCCGUGCUGCUGUCCACCACCGUCGGGCCAUCGACCACGCGAGCUAUUGCGCAGCCUGGACAAAAUAGGGUGGUACGAGCGCUGUAUGCGGAAUUGCAAUGCUUGCUUUACGACGCCAGAGGCACAGCGACGAACCUGCAACAACACCUGCCAGCGCAACCGGAACAUUGUGGAGGCACUGUGCUAUUUGUUCAACUGCCCCCUGUAUCAGCUAAUGACCACUUUGUUUCGACUCGCCAACUAUCAUAUAAUGGCGAUGGAUAAGUUUCAUCGCGACUGCAACUGGGAGGUGAUGGCCAACGUUCAGGCACCCUAUACAGAAAUGCACGAUUUGGAGAUAUAUGAUAGCAUGUACGAUCGUUGCGGCAUAUCCAUAGAUCCGCUGGAUAAGAACAAUAUGUUCAAGGUGCUGCGCAUGAUGUUCCUCACGACCAUACUAUCCAUCGAUCAGCAGCAGUAUCUGAUGCGCAUGCUGCAGCGCCUUAACGACCAUGCCUUGUUCCGUGUGAAUCUGGAACGGUUGCUCAAGACCCUGGAGCAGGUUGACAUAAAAGAACUCGUCUGCAGCAUUAUCGAGCAGGAUCGACUCUGCGCAAACUUCUACAGUGCCCGGCAGUGUACGGAACUCUGCGCCCUCUACCGCAAGGUGGCGAGCACGGACAAGAUGGAGAUCAUUAGACGACGUCGCAUCAAAAAGGCCAAAAAGGUGCCCAAGAAGCCAAAGAGAUGUCGCCGCGUCCCUGGCACUCAGAUCUACUGUGUGCGCAAGGUACCAGAUUCUAGUGAGGACUUUGCCUCCCCCCGCGGCGAUCCUCUGCUCAACAGCACGUCUCCAGUGGGCGCAGCAGGGCCAACAAGAGGUGCCGGUCAGGCUCGCUGUCCACGCGUCUCAACAACCUUAAGGCCCAAGCCCAAAAACGAUUGCCCACCUCCAAAGCGUGCAUCGACUCCACAAAAGCGCAGCUUCUAAACCGUAGAAGGCGCACACAUUUUCAUAAUUUUGUUGUUCAAAUUCUUAAAAAUAUUAAAAAAAAAAAAGAGUGUAUGUGUAGACUUUCCUGGAAUUAGAUUA